AUGGCGGAUUCAGCCUCGAAAAAGGCUGUUGUCACAGCCGAAGACCGCGCUGCGAAACAGAGACUUGCUGAAGCCCAGAAGACCUAUGGACGUGGCAAAGCAAACUCGAUCAAGACCAUCCGCGACAAGAAGAUCCGCGGAACCCUCAAGGAGCAGGAAAACCGACACAAGGAAGCGAUUUUGAAGGCUAAGGAUGCAGAGAUCCUGCUUGAGCAUGAGGCUGGAUUCCUUGAGCCAGAAGGAGAGCUUGAGAGGACUUAUAAGGUCCGACAGGAUGAGAUCAAGGACAGUGUCGGAUUGGAGACGGCCAAGAAAGGCUUCGAAUUGAGGUUGACCGAGGCUGGACCCUAUCGCACAGAUUAUACUCGCAAUGGACGCAAUCUCUUGCUGGCAGGACGAAAGGGACAUGUUGCGACUAUGGACUGGCGUGACGGCAAGCUGGGCUGCGAGCUCCAGCUGGGCGAAACAGUUCGAGAUGCGCGCUGGCUGCACAAUAACCAGUUCUUUGCAGUCGCGCAGAAGAAGUAUGCCUACAUUUACGAUCACAAUGGUGUUGAGCUACACUGCUUGAAGAAGCACCUGGAGCCUCUCUUCCUCGAAUUCCUGCCCUACCAUUUCUUGCUGACCAGCGCUACUAUGGCCGGCUUUAUCAAAUACACCGAUACCUCCACCGGUCAAUUGGUCGCUGAGCUGCCUACCAGGCUCGGUCGUCCCACCGCCCUUGCCCAGAACCCUUACAACGCUAUCCUCCACUGCGGACACCAGAGCGGCGCAGUUACAUUAUGGUCACCUAACUCUCAAACACCGCUCGUCAAGGCGCUGGUGCACCGUGGUCCGGUGCGGUCCAUCGCCAUGGACCGUCAAGGCCGCUACAUGGUCUCGACCGGACAGGACCAGAAAAUGAAUAUUUGGGAUAUCCGCAUGUUCAAGGAGGUGCACUCCUACUCAUGCUACCAACCCGGUGCUUCAGUAUCUGUCAGUGACCGUAACCUUGUCGCCGUCGGCUGGGGCACCCAAGUCAGUGUGUGGCGGGGCCUGUUUGAGGCCGCGCAGGCCGACACAACCAAGGUGCGGAGUCCAUACAUGGCCUGGGGUGGCGAUGGCCAGCGCAUCGAAAACCUCCGGUGGUGCCCGUACGAAGAUGUGCUCGGUGUCGGCCACGACCAGGGCUUCGCCAGUCUGAUCGUCCCCGGCGCCGGUGAGCCCAACUUCGAUUCUCUGGAGGCCAACCCGUACGAGAACGUCAAGCAGCGCCAGGAGGCCGAGGUGCACAGCUUGCUGCACAAGCUGAAGCCAGACAUGAUCUCGCUGGACCCCAACAUUAUCGGAAAGCUCGACACUAUCAACGACGAGAAGGUCCGGGAAGCCCGCGAUCUGGACAAGAAGCCCGAAGAUCCCAUCGAGAAACUCAAGAACCGGGGUCGUGGCCGCAACAGUGCCCUGCGCAACUAUCUCCGCAAGAAGGGCCGUACCAACGUCAUCGACGAGAAGAGACUCAAGGCCGAGGCGCUUCACAAGGAGCGGAUGGCACGCAACAAGGACCGUAUCAGGCAGGAACGACAGGAGUUGGGCCCUGCGCUGGCUCGGUUUGCCAAAUAG